AAAACACGAAGAAAGAUUAAUAGAUGAAUAUGGGUGCCAACAGGGUCUUGAUUCCUAGUACUCUUGAACGUAUCUUGGGAAGGAAAGAGUACUCAAAACGAUAUUGCUCCGCCAUAUCUUGUGCUACUAGUCUCCUCAUUUUAAGGCCUCGCUGUUGCUCCUUUCAACUGCAACACCAUGUUCCAACUCCACGGCGCUCGGGAAACUACGGACCUCCCCUCUGGGAUUUCAAUUAUAUUCAAUCCUUGAACACCCAUUACGCGGAAGAGGGAUACUUGAGAAGGGUUUCUGAGCUGAAAGUGGAAGUGAAGAAGAUGUUGGUGCAGGAGAAAGAAGUAGUGUCGAGGGUUGAAGAAUUGGAGCUGAUUGAUGAGUUGCAGAGGCUUGGAAUAUCUUAUCAUUUUGAUGAUGAGAUCAAUCAAAUCUUGGGUUGUUUGUAUGAUGAGAAAUAUGGAGGGAAGAAUUCUGAGGGCAAGGAAUGGGAUUUGUACACUACAGCUCUUGAAUUCAGACUCCUCAGACAACAUGGUUUUAUCGUCCCUCAAGAGAUAUUUGACUGUUUCAGAAAUGAGAAAGGAGAUUUUGAUCCAAGUCUUGCCCACGACACCAAAGGAUUGUUUCAACUAUAUGAAGCCUCUUUCUUGUCGAAACCAAAUGAAAAGACAUUGGACUUGGCAAGAGAAUUUGCCACCAAUUUUCUGCAGAAAAAUCCUAAUGCAAAGGUUGAUGAGAGUCUGUCGAUAUUGGUACGCCAUGCUUUAGAGCUCCCGAUACAUUGGAGGGUGCAAAGGCCAAACGCAAGAUGGUUCAUUGAGGCAUAUGAAAGACGAUCAAAUGUGAAUCCACUUGUGCUUGAACUCGCAAAAUUGGACUUCAACAUUGUUCAAGCAACGCAUCAAGAAGAACUCAAACACGUCUAUGGAUGGUGGAAGCAAACAGGGAUAGCUGAAAAUCUGCCAUUUGCAAGGGAUAGGAUGGUGGAGUGUUACUUCUGGACCACUGGAGUCUUCUCCCAUCCCCAAUAUAGUUAUCCAAGAAUCAUGACCUCAAAGUUGAAUGCUUUGGUAACAGUAAUUGAUGAUAUAUUUGAUAUCUAUGCUACCCACCAAGAAAUGCAACUCUUUUACAAUGCUAUUCAAAGGUGGGAUGUUGAAGCUAUUGAUCAACUCCCAAACUAUAUGCAAAUCUGUUAUCUGGCGCUCUACAACUUCAUCAAUGAGAUGGCAUAUGAUGUUCUGAAACAACAAGGACUUGUCAUCAUUCCACAUUUAAGAAAAUCAUGGGCAGAUUUAUGCAGAACGUAUUUACAAGAGGCGGAAUGGUACUUGAGAGGGUACACACCAACACUGGAAGAAUAUAUGAAUAACGCAUGGAUUUCGAUAUCAGCUCCUGUGGUAUUAUCCCAUGCAUAUUUUCUUGUAGCAAAUCCAAUAGAGAAGGAGGUUAUUCCGUCCUUGUAUAAGUAUCACGACCUAGUUCGAUAUUCAGCAACCGUUCUGCGGCUUGCAGAUGAUAUAGCAACAUCACCGGAUGAGGUGAAGAGAGGGGAUGUACAGAAAUCGAUUCAGUGCUACAUGAAUGAAAGUGGUGGCAGUGGAGAGGAGGCAGUAGAGUACAUAAGAUUUGUGAUAGGUGAGACAUGGAAGAACAUGAACCAAGAAGCAUUUGCAGGUGAUGAUUCUCCAUUCCCACAAGAUUUUGUUAGAAUUGCAGCUGAUCUUGGGAGGAUGGCGCAAUAUAUGUACCAAUAUGGAGAUGGUCAUGGAGUUCAGAAUUGUGAUAUUAAGACCCGUAUUUCAAGUUCGCUAUUUCACCCAAUUCUCUAGUCCAAAACCCUUACUUUUUUCAUUUGUAUUUUAAUGAAUUCAGUACUUACCUUCAUUAAAAUAAUUGCUUCUCUCUCUCUACAAACCAUUUUAUAA